AUGCGCAAAAUCUGGAGCAAGUCCUCCAAGAGGCGUUCCAUGGCCAGCGCAUCCACAUCCGUCAAUAUAGAUCCUGACUCUGUCCCUGAUUCGUUGUCCGUGUCCUCAAUGACCAUCCCAGUUCCCGAAGCAGCCCAGGUGUCGCUUGUGCGAUCAUUAGUCCAACAUGACUAUGACUCCAAGGUACUCAAACAUCUGUGGGUAAACGGCGUAUUGAACGCCUCUUCAACCCAAGAUUUCUCCGAACAGCUGCUACGCUUAUAUCGCGUGGAGCUUCGCGGUUCCCAUUUAUACGUCUACCGCCCUCCACUGCUGAUGAACGUUCGCCUGUUUCGUCUGAGUCUGUCGGAUGUGCUCAAGCUUGCCGAUGCCGAUUCACUCGCCCUGGAUGCCACCACCUACGCGCCUACAGAGUCUUCCUCUGCUACUGUUCCACCUUCGUCGGAUCUGGCCCUUCCUCCACAGUCCCCAAUGUUGAGCGAUCAUUCCUCCAAUGUGACAGCCCGAAACAAUGGAUCACACUCCCACCCUUCAACAGUGCCCGAGAUCGUGACAGAUACACCCAAUGCAACAGCUCCAAUCACAAUUACAUACUGGCACCCCGGGUUGCCACAUCCUGACUUGAAGUAUGAUUUUGACAGCGACGUGUUUCUCGUGGGUUCAUCGUUGGAAGCUUUGGUGCACUUCUUCAUCUUUGCUGAUGCGCAUAUCAACUCCCGGGCCAUUGAACAGCUCUUAUCGGUUCUUCCCAUGUUUUCGAACUUUUGCCUGGCGCUCGAGCUCAUGCACAUGUAUCUUGCGGCUAUUUUCCAAGGCAAAUUUGGCGAGGUUGGGACUAUCACACAGAUUUUUGGACGCGUAAUCCACUUGUUUGAGCACAUUGACAAGAACUUCUGCGGUUACCUCCUAAACUCGGAUGUCGCGAAUCAGAUGCUCGAAAUCUUGGAAUUGUUCACGGAGUUUGCUACCCCGGAAACUCUGGGCUUGGUAUCCUUCUUCAAAGCAAACAUGCUUGGAAAACAAAGAAUAUUACUUGAUCUGAUCAACCUCGUGGACUCCAGCGCAGGUUCUACGCCUGCUGAAAAUCCUUUGUUGGAAUUAAAUUCCACCAUCUUCAUGAAUGACAUCAACUUGUUUGACCUUGCAAGUGCCAUUACUGCUAUUGAUCUCGAGUUCUUUGGCAGUUGGAACUCUAGCAUAGAUAAGUCAUUAUUAUUGUACUCUUCUGUCUCCGAAAAUAUGACGGGUAAUCAGUUCUACAAAAAGAAUCCACUUUUUUUCAAUAAUGACAAUCAUGUUCACUACUUGUCACGUUUGCUUGUUCAUCAUUUAUUCCUUGAAAAUCCACAUGCUACUCCAGAGAAAAGAGCCCAUAUCCUUGAAAGAUGGAUAGACCUUGGUUGUUUGUUGGAUAAACUGGGAAAUAUGUCUUCGUGGUUGGGUAUUUCAUCUAUUAUUCUUUCUCAGCCUGUCCUUCGUUUGACAACUGUAUGGACUCACGUUUCUCCUGAUUAUAUUAAGUUAUUGAAGAAUGACUGGUCUCCUGUCCUCUUUGAGCUCGAUCGCCGCCACUUGGCGAACAGUUACGAACUGAUCACUUUUGGGACCUCGUCUGUAGUUGGAACCGAGCCUGAGUCUAACGCGGCUUCAAAGGAGUCUUACCACAUAAUGGCUCCUCGUGGCUUGGGCAAAAUUUAUCCAAAGGAAAGGGUCAUUCCUUAUUUUGGGGACUUGCUCGUUAAUAAUGUCUCGCAAGUAAGCAUUCCAGAACUUGACGCUGUUUGGCGCAAAAUUAACUAUUCCUUUGACCGUUGGAACGACUAUCUCAGGAACUUAUUCAACUCUAAUGAGAUCAUUCAUUACAAUCAAGAUGUUUUGCAAAGAUAUGAUUCAAUGAGUUUUAUCUUUUCCAACGAGAGUUUAAACCAAGUUCUCUAUCUCGGUGUCAAUAAAGAUGAUGAGAAGAACCUUCCCACAUCAUUGAAAGCGAAUAUGAUUGACUCUGAAAUUUCUUCAGAGCACGAAGAGAAGUUUGAAGUCAAGUUAAAAUUGCGCAAGAAAUUGCUUCGCUUGCUUGACCACAACUGCGAGUCAGUGAAUCUUGAGGAUAUCAUGAAGCUCUCACUUCAGUUUGAACCUAGCCUUCGGGAGAGUUACUUGAACGUUCCACAAGCUGAUAAUACUUUGCAUAAGAUCAUGAACUUCAAUGGAAGCUCGUUGUCUGUUAACUCCUCGUCAUCUUCAGUCAUUGCAGUUCCAGAGCACUCUGAAUCGAAAAUAUCAUCGAGUAAAGAGCCGUCCACCGAUGACAAAUUGCCAACCUUUAACAAUCACUAUUUUCUAAUCAAUUUGCAGAAAUACGAUGAUUUGGUCGGAUUUCCUAAUCUUACGAAUGUUAUCCCUUCAGAUGACAAACAUAGCAUUGUCGUGGAUUCUGAACUUACACUAAGACUUGACGACUUUGUUUCUGACUUCGAUUCUGCAAGCACUGUCAACACUUCUGUUACAGAAGUUAGUGGCGGCGAUGACGAUGGGCUUGGAAUUGAUGUUGACGACAUCCUCAACUCUGACAAAUUUAAGAAUUUUUCAAUCCAAGAUAAUGAGCAAAAUGGGGAGUCGUCCGGACUUGAUAAGAAACAUCGCAGCUUUGGUCUCAUUUCAAAUAACUCUAAUCUCGCUCUGCAUAUUCAAUCACCAAAGUACGUUCCCAGGUUUGCAAGUGUCGACAAAUUGAUUGACCUUUUAUUGAUCGAUUCAAAAUAUUUUGAUGAGAACCAUCUUAUUGAUCUUACUGAGUAUCGUUUUGUCUUUAUGUUGAACUAUAGCUCCUUCAUGACAACCAAACAGUUGCUCGAAAAAUUGGCUCAUAGAUUUGUACACUCCGGUAAUGCAGUCAUAUCGGUGAUGAAGAAGCAAUACUACGAGAAGCAAGGUCGUUAUGACCCUGUUGUGUUUGGGACAUAUCCUAGCUGGGAAGUGGACAGGGAAAUUGAUUUGAGUAAGUUAGGCGAUGUGGACUAUGAGCUCCUUCUAAAGAUUCAGGUUAAUAUUCUCAAGUCCUUAAUUGUGCUCGUCAAUAACUUCUUUUCCAAUUUUUCCAAUGACUUGAAGAACAAGAAGAUAAUGAUUAAGUUGUUGAAACUCUACAGUAACGAGAUUUUGCAAUGGUAUAACUCCAACAAGAUUGAUCGCGAAUUGGAUAAAUCCUUCGAGAACUUGGUUAACUAUUACAAAAGACUUAAAAAACUUUUUGUCAAGAAGAGCUACAGACCCGUUGAGGCACUGAAGUUCGAAGAGUUUCUUACUCAUGAGUUUAAGUUCUCGAAUUCUAUCCAUGAGGUUCCAAUGAACAGAAAUUUGCCAAGUCACAAGAAUAUUCACAAAAUUGAGAAGUUUUUGAACAAAUUCAACAAGUUGCUAACUGUUUUCUACAAGGGCAUUACACCUGAGAAUUGGUUUAAGAUGUUCAAGAUUUUGGAAAAUCUGUUUGAAAACUAUUCGCUUCUCAAUUAUAAUAUGCAAAGAACCAAUGUUUCUGAAGACUUCGUUGUUAUAUCCAACGUCAUGACAUAUUUUGAGUCGCUAUAUGACCUGGGCAUUAAGGAUACUGUGUUGAAAAAGCUUCCAGUGGUUUUCAAUAAGUUGUUCAAGUUGUAUUACAAGUUUAGAAGUUAUCUUCUCAUUCAACUCUGCGACGUCAACAUUACUACUGAAGAGCGACUUGACCGUAUGAAAACAUUGUUGCUCAUGAUGAAGAUUUCGAAGCUCAAGAUGAGUGAAAGUCAGUUUGUCUUUGAUGGAGAUCACAAUGAGAUCCCCUCUUGUAUUGAGACAGCGAUUACGAAUGUGAUUUACUCUCCAGAAAGCAGAAUUUUUGCUAAUUUGUGGGUCAAGGCAUCAAAUUCCUUAAGUGUGGAGGAGGUCGAUAUGAAUGCGACUUAUGACAAUGUGGAAUCCCUUUUGCCUUCCCAUAUCAAACACUCUGAUUUAUUGAUGGGUAGUGAACCGCUCCUUCCAUGUUUCGGGUGGAUCAUUGAAAACUUGAUAGAGAUUAACAAAUGUCCUUCUUUCUACAAAGACAACAUCAAUUUCAACAAGAGGUAUCUCAUUUUCAAGCUCAUUAAAGAGUUGAGCGUGGAAGACGUGGAUGAGAACGAGGAAUUCCACAAUGACACAAAAGAGUUCGAAUUCUUGAUGAGAUUAGACGAGACGCUCUGCAAUAUGUCCGAAUUAAGGCACCAUAUUCAGACCGAAAGAUUGAGCAGAAAGUUGUUCCGUUUAGUCAUUAAAGAACAAUAUGCGAUAUUAACAAUGGAUGGGUCCAAGAAAGCAUACAGAGAUUCAAGACGUGCCUUGGAGUCUGGCAUCGCAAGGGAAGGUGGUCUUACAAAGAAGACAUCCAAUUCCAGUUUAAGACGUCAAUCUUUGUCUUAUAAGACAAACUCCUCCUCGCGUUUCAAAAUCAGUGGAUUGUUCAGUAAGUCCAGAACUUUCAGUUUGACGACCUCCUCAGAGCGUGUGGUUGAAUUUAGAGAACUUCCUGAUCCUUCUUCCGUGUCCGAUCCCAAGUCUAAGCCAGUGGUUAUCAUUCAGUUGAAAGACAGAAAAAUUUUCCCUGUUUACUUGUUACCCAACUGUUUCAAAAUGGAUCACGAGAGCUCCAAUGAUGUCUUCUUCUUCCAAUCUCCUUCAGAUAGUGAGUUGAAGGAUUGGUUGAGGUGCCUUACUCAUGCAAACAGGCAUUGGUUCUACUCCAAACUGAUCAAUUGGAAGCAUAACCAUGAGUUCACAACAUUCGGAGUUCCCCUCCAGGUUGUGUGUUCUCGUGACAACAACAGUUCACCAAGAAUAUUGGACUUGAUCUAUAAAGCAAUUGAAGAAGAAGGUUUGAAGGAUGUUGGUAUUUACAGAAUUAGUACUUCGAUAAGUGAACUCGCAAGUAUCAAAAGUGAGAUUGAUAGAACUGGCACUCUCGAUUUUGAGAAGAGGAGUAUUGAUGUUCACGCUCUUACCAGUUGCAUCAAACUGUACUUCAGAGAGCUUCCUGACGCAGUUUUGACUGACCAAGUGAUUGAACUAUUUUAUCCCAUGAGACAGGACUCGUCUAAGACUCAAAAUGGCACUCCAACAAUCGAUAUUGACAGCUACAAGCGUGUCCUUGCCAAACUUCCAAAGUAUAACUAUUCCACGCUUGCAAAUCUUAUCAGACACUUAAACAAAGUGGUCCAAGAGAACGAGCAUAACCGUAUGAAUGCUUCCAAUUUGGCUACUGUCAUUGGACCUGCGUUGACGGAAGCUAGUAAUUUGGACACGUUGAUAAACAAUUUUGGAGUGAUGAACUUCAUUUUAGAACAGCUUAUUGACAACUAUGAAGAGAUCUUUGAAGAACGAACUCUCAAGGUUGCUCCCGCAUUGCCAGAUGACGACGACGCCAAGGAAGCUUGA